AUGCCGCAUAGCUUACGACUGAAUUCUGACUGCAAAGACAAGAUGGUUCAAGCGUGGUUUUUCGAUGAAAAAGUGGCGAAUCCAAGAGAACCGUGCCAACUGGAAAAUGUCGCACUUGACGUCGUUGAAGCGCUUGGAUGCAAGCUUUUCAAAUUCGACGCAGCGAACAAGUCUUCUUGCCCAAAUUUGGCGAAAAUCGUCAAAGAUCAAAACUACAACUUUCAAGAUGAAAUCACCGUCUCUCCAACUACUCUUCCCGAUUACGAGAAAAAGGUUCAAAUGUUUCUGGAAGAGCACAUUCACGAUGACCCAGAAGCGAGAGGAUGUCUUGACGGGAGCGGCUAUUUCGAUGUUAGGGACAAGAAUGACAAGUGGAUCCGAAUUUUGGUCGAAAAGGGAGACCUGCUCAUUAUCCCUGCUGGAAUCUACCACAGAUUCGUCCCAGAUCUGAAAGACUUCAUCGUAGCUAUACGAUUUUUUGAAGGCAACCCAGUUUGGACCCCGAUAAAUCGCGCAAACAACGAAGAAAACAUCCAAAACAUGCCGAUUCGACAAAAAUAUCUUGCUUCUCUUUGA